AUGGAAGAUUUGUUUAAUAAUAAGAAAGAAUUAUUUAUUGGUAAGAGAAUUUUUACAUGUGAUUUUACUGUAGAAUUAGAUAAUAAAAAAAAAGAAGACAGCAAUGCUACUGAAGAAGAAAAAAAUUGCAAUUAUGAUAAAUUAAGUGAUCAUAAAAAAUUAAUACAGGAUGAAUCAGAUGAAGACGAUGCUGAUAAUAAUUUGAAAAUGUAUUUACUUAAUCAAGAUAUUAAAAUAAAAAUAGGUACAAUUAGAUAUAUAGGAAACCUAAAUAAUCAAUUUCCUAAUAAAAUAUUUUACGGAAUUGAGUGGAAUAAAAAUUCAAGUGGAAAAAACUUAGGUAAUUACAAAGAUCAAUAUUAUUUUUUACCUAGAAAUUUUCUAAAAAAAGAAAAAACCAAAUUAUAUUAUAAUCAGUUAAAUUUUACUACUACUACUAAUAAUAAUACUAUUAAUAAACAUGAUGAAGAAUUUUUAAAUAAUUAUAAAAAUUUAUCACCAUGUUCAUUUUUAUCAAUUGAAAAUAUUUAUGUGGGAAUUACAUUUGUCCAAGCCUUAACAUUUAGAUAUAAUUAUUUUCCUGAAUUAGAUUUAUCUAUUGAAGAUUAUUUAACAAAAAAAAAAAAAAAGGUUAUUUUUUCAGGUGAAAAAAAGAUUAUGAAUUACUUUAAGAAUUAUUCACAACUAGAAAAUAUAACAUUAAAUAAAUAUUUAAUUUACGAAUGUGGAAUUACUAAUAAUUUAUUUUUUAAUAAUUUACAAAGUCUAUCGUUAUCCGGUAAUCUUUUUAGUAAUUGGAUUGAUAUUUUUAAAAUAAUUAGCUUUGCAAGCAAAUUAUCUUAUAUUAAUUUAUCAGAUAAUAAAUUCAUAAAGAUUUCCUUAGAUUCUAUUUUUGUCAAAAAUAUAUCAAAUAAUAAUAAUAAUAAUAAUGAUGAUGAUAAUGAUUUAAUUUAUUUUAAACAAAUAAAAGAAUUAUGUUUAGAUAAUACUCUAAUUGAAUGGGAUGACGUUUUAGCUUUAUCAUUUAUCUUUCCAAAUUUAGAAGUUUUAAGCUUAAAAAGGAAUUAUAUAACAAAUAUAAAAAUAAAAAACUUAAAAAUAACUAGAAACUGUAUAAUAUACAAAUACAUAACUAACGAAAAAUAUAAUAUAUUAUUUAAUAUUAAUAAGAAGGAUGAUUACUAUGAAAUAUUAAACGAUUUAAAUGAAAAUAUAAAUGAUAGAAAUUUUAAUUCUGAAGAAAAAAGGCACGAUUUUAUUUAUUUAAAUAAAAGUAUUUCUAAUAUGGAUAAUGUUAGUCAAUUAAAGAAAAAAAAUUUUUAUGAAAGUAAAAAUGUAAAAGAAAAUAACAAAGUUGAAAUGAAUAAUAAAAAUGAUUUGAAUGUAACAAACGAAAAAUGCGAUGAUAAAAAUUAUUUAAAUUAUAAUAACAAUAAUAAUAAUAUGAAUUUCCUCAAUAGUAAUGAAAAUGUAUUUUGUUAUAGCACUGAGUUUUUUAGAAAUUUAAGAAAAAUCGUACUUAAUGAUAAUUAUUUAUAUGAUUACGAAGAAUUAUUUUAUUUUGUUUACAAAAUAAAUUCUAUUCAAUCGGUAUUUUUAAAUGAUAAUAAAUAUAGUGAUAAUAAUAAAUUAAUAGAUAUAGUAUAUAGUUUAUGCCUGGAGGAAAAUAAUAAAAUGGAAUUUAAUAAUUUAGAUAAGUUUGAAUUUAUUAAUACAAAAUUUAAUAAUAUAAAGGAGUUUUUAUUUGAUAAUAAUGAAAUAAAAAAUUAUGAAACUUUAAGAGAUUUAUUUUAUAUUUUUUAUGAUUUAGAAAUAUUAAAAAUUCAAAAUAAAAAUAAUUUUAAAGAAAAAAAAAAUUUGAGAUAUAUCUUUAUAUCUAUUUUACCUAAGUUAAAAGUUUUAAAUCAUAGUUGUAUAAAUAAAAAUGAAAGAAUAAACUCUGAGAGAUUUUUUAUAUCUUUAUAUCAAAAAGAUCCAAUAGUAAAAAUAUUUAAUGCAAUGGUAUUAAAUAAUAGGCAUAGUGAUAGAUUAGAACAAAUACAUUAUGAAGCAAAUGAAGGUGAUAUUAAUACUGAAAAGAAAAAAUGUAUACAAAAUAAUUUAAUUAGCAUAACAAUAAUUCCUGAAUUUCUAAAUUCUCAAAAAUAUAAUAUUAUAAAAAAAAAAGUUAAUAAGUAUAUGAGUAUAAAAGAUUUAAAAUAUUUAUGUUCAAGAUUAUAUUCAAUUCCUUUGUCAGAAUUAAGAUUAUUUUAUACCGAUGAGAAUUCCCCUUUAUGUAUAGAAAUUUUUGAUACAAAUGCAAGUCUUUAUACAUAUGGAAUAGAUAACGAUUCUAAAAUAAAAGUAAAAAUGGAAGAAUAA